UUGCUGCAGACCACUCAGUUUGUGAGGUUCAGUUGGAUAAGAUGGCUCGCAUUUUGUGUCUGCUCGCCACACUCACGGCGUUCAUAAUUUUAUUUGAUGUCGAUGUGGUCGAAUCGAGAGCAGCCGCGAACAAACUAGCGGAGGACGAGGAUUGUCUUUUGGGCAUGGUUUUCAACGCGACCCAAAACAGUUGCGUCGUUCGGAUACCUGAUGACGAUGAUGUCGACUUUAACAAGCCCGUCGGUUUAGGCGUCGUAACCGACUUCCCUAAAAGAGAGUGCAAGAAAGACUACAUUUAUGUAGAAAAACGCAACGUUUGCGUGCACCAAAGUCGAUUUGUCAGCGGCAGCAACAACAGGAGAUUGUGAAAUCAUUCAUGAUAAAAAUAAGAGAAGCAUACAAUACAUUUUAUAUUUCUGCUUGGAACCGAAUUAAUAAUUGAGCGUUAAUAAAAAAAAAAUAACAGCUUAUUUUUGGUGUUUUGGACGACUCAGUAAUCAGAAAAGAAACAUUUUUUUUUCACUUCAUGUUCAUAAUUUGAAUGUUAGAGUAUUUUCCAAUGUCUAUUUUGUCACCAGAUAUUCACUCAAUUGAAAUUAACAGAUAGGAUAAUGAAUUAAAAAAUAAUACGUAUAAUUAAAUAAUUUCUGCUUACACUGGCAUUUAGUCAAAAUAAAUAUAAUAUCUUAUCUCCCAGAAA